GUGACGUAACACUUGCGCACGGACCUUCGCUGCGGCUCUGCAGACCUUCUCUUCGCCACCGUCCCAGGUGCUGGGUGUUGUCGCGUAGCGGCAAGUUCCGCAGCCAGGGUUCCGGCCCGCGAGCGCCUGGCAGCCGUCCGCUUUUUUCACCGGAGCCAUGGCCGCAGCCGGCGGGCCAGAAGCUACUGGACGCUCUCUCCUUCUCAGCUUCCUCUUGCUUCUGCUGAUCACUGGCCCUGCCCUCGCCUGGAACGACCCUGACAGAAUAUUAUUGCGGGAUGUAAAAGCUCUUACCCUCCACCACGACCGCUAUACCACUUCCCGUAGGCUGGAUCCGAUCCCACAGUUGAAAUGUGUUGGAGGCACAGCUGGAUGUGAUUCUUAUACCCCAAAAGUCAUACAGUGUCAGAACAAAGGUUGGGAUGGUUAUGAUGUACAGUGGGAAUGUAAGACUGAUUUAGAUAUUGCGUAUAAAUUUGGAAAAACUGUAGUGAGCUGUGAAGGCUAUGAAUCCUCUGAAGACCAAUAUGUACUAAGAGGUUCCUGUGGCUUGGAGUAUAAUUUAGAUUACACAGAACUUGGCCUGAAGAAACUGAAAGAGUCUGGAAAAAACUAUGGCUUUAACUCUUUCUCUGAUUAUUAUAACAAGCUGUAUUCCUCAGAUUCCUGUGGCAUCAGUGGAUUGAUUACCGUCAUAGUACUACUUGCUAUUGCUUUUGGAGUUUAUAAAUUGUUCCUUAGUGAUGGUCAAGAUUCUCCUCCCCCAUAUUCUGAGUAUCCUCCGUAUUCCCAUCGUUACCAGAGAUUCACCAACUCUGCAGGACCCCCUCCCGCAGGCUUUAAGUCUGACUUCACAGGACCACCUGGUGCAACUUCUGGUUUUGGCAGUGCUUUCACAGGACAACAAGGAUAUGACAAUUCAGGACCUGGGUUCUGGACUGGCUUGGGAACUGGAGGAAUACUAGGAUAUUUGUUUGGCAGCAAUCGAGCAGCCACACCCUUUUCUGACUCGUGGUAUUACCCAUCUCCUCCUCCUUCGUCCUCCAGCAUGUGGAAUAGCCGUGCCUACUCGCCACUUCGUGGAGCCUCGGGUAGCUAUUCGGCAUAUGCAAGCUCAGAGACGAGAACCAGAACAGCAUCAGGAUAUGGUGGUACCAGAAGACGAUAAGAAAGUAAAAAGUUGAAGUCAAACGUUGGAUGCAAAAUUUCUGACUUUUCAUCAGUUUCUUAAAAAAAAAAAGUGCUACCUGCUAACAACUGGGGAAAGGGGAAUAUGCAAAAGUUCUGUAGUUUUUUUUGUCCUGUAUUGCUUUGUGUGUUGUUACUUGAUAUAUGAGAAAAUGCUUAUGUAGAGAACUGUAUGCUAGUGUAAUAUGCAGUUGUGUUUUAUGGUUUCUGAGAGUGAUGAUUACCAUGGAAAGCUGAAAAUGUAUUUAGUUUCUAAAACCUGUGAUGCCAUUAAGACUGAGGCUUUCUUACCAUUAGAUCCUGCAUACAUAAAACGUCAAUCUUAAGUGGUUUUAGUAUAUGCUUCAUUACUUCAUACAAACGAUAACAAUCUAUUUGGUAUUUACUGUUUGGUGUUUGCUCUGAUAACAUUUAAACCAAGCUUUGGACUACCAAUUAUACUUAUCUGUGUUCUGAUCACUUUUGAGCUCAGGAGCUUUGAACCCUUCAGUGGUGGUGGGGUUCUAAUAAGUGAGAAUGACCUUUUUUGGGAAAAGGUAGAAAAUGAGUAGAAAGUUGUUGUGAAUGAUGUUGUGCUGACAAAAAUGCUUGAAACCUCCAUAUUCAUUUCUUAGGAAGUAAAGUUUAACUGUUUCAGCAAAGGUCUUUUAAUAGCAGAAGCAUGCCGUUCUCUGUGAAUCUCCAAUAUUGUAGCAGUCUGUUUCAGUCUUACAUUAAAAUGACAGGAAAAGU